UACAGCUGUAAUGUAACAUCGUCCAUAUAAUGCACCUGUAAUUUCUUGCAUUAGUUUGAACGCUCUUGAGAUAUCUCUUGUAUCAAGCUGUGGCAACCGAUUCUUUCUGAUUUGCCCCUUAAACUCAUUCGUAUGUACCACUGUGCGUUGAGACGGGGGAUUGCGGACAUCAACUGCACCGUUCAGUGCUGAGUUGCUGAGAAGUUCACACGAUUGUGGAUUUCUGGCAAGAUAUUUGAACGGAUUUCAGACCUCCUCGCUAAAAUGUGACUGAUUGCAUCAGGAUUUGAUUACAUCGACGACACAGGCUAAUACAUGCCAACAAUGAAGGUGGAAUACAUUCAUUUGCAACAUGGCUGCUGUUGAGACGAUAGUGGGAAAAGUUUAGUAUCUGACGUGAACAAAGUUUGUAUUAAUCGCGUAUGCAAGACUCUUGUUUUCUUAGAAAACUGUCAUUUGUCUAGAUUGCGUUCGGUUGAGUAUCCAGCAAGUGGCGAUAAACGAGACACAAUCUCCUUGAACUGGGUGAUCACCUAGAGAACUAGCAUUCGCCUGUGGAGUACUUGGGAUAUUUUAUAUUGAGAACUGUAAAAGACUUUCGGAUUAUUUCAGAAAAUGCAUUUCUCUAUUCCCGAGACGGAGGUUCGUUCGGGUGAAAAUGGGUCUACAUAUGUGGCCUACAACAUUCACGUCAACGGUGUCCUGCACUGUCGAGUCCGUUACAGCCAGCUCCUGGGCCUUCACGAACAGAUAAAGAAAGAAUAUGGCAACAAUGUCGUGCCUGCUUUCCCUCCAAAGAAAAUCUUUACUCUGACCCCUGCAGAAGUGGAGCAGAGGAGGGAGCAGCUGGAGAAGUACAUGCAGGCAGUCCGUCAGGACCCUGUGCUAGGUGCCAGUGAGAUUUUCAACAGCUUCUUGAGGAAAGCCCAACAGGAGACCCAGCAGAUACCCACUGAGGAAGUUCACCUGGAUGUCCACUUGUCUAAUGGUCAGAAGAUCAAGGUCAACAUCCUGACGUCAGACCAGACUGAAGAUGUAUUGGAGGCUGUGGCAUCUAAGCUAGAGCUGCCUGAUGAGCUGGUUGGAUAUUUCAGCCUCUUUCUCGUUCAGGAGGGAGCGGACGGAGGCUGUACAUUCGUCCGAAAACUUCAGGAGUUUGAGCUGCCUUAUGUUUCUGUCACCAGCCUGCGGAACCCAGACUUCCACGUUGUUCUCCGAAAAAGUUACUGGGAUACAGCAUACGAUAAUGACGUGAUGGACAACAGGGUGGGGUUAAACUUGUUAUAUGCUCAGACUGUGUCUGACAUCGAGAGAGGAUGGAUUCUAGUGAACAAAGACCAGCACAGACAACUGAAAUCUCUACAGGAGAAAGGUUCAAAGAAAGAGUUCAUUCGAUUGGCUCAAACGCUUAAAUAUUACGGCUACAUCAAGUUUGACCCUUGCAUCACCGACUUUCCAGAGAAAGGUUGUCACGUCAUCGUCAGUGCUGGUAACAACGAGCUAAAUUUCCAUAUCAAACUACCAAAUGACCAGAUGAAGGAGGGUAGCUUUAAAGUGACGCGCAUGAGAUGCUGGCGUGUCACUUCCUCUCAAGUUCCAAUGACGAACGGCACGAAAAACCCUUGCAACUCCAGCAAAUGUGAGGUGAAACUGGAGCUGGCCUUCGAGUAUCUGAUGAGCAAAGACCGUCUGCAGUGGGUCACCAUCACCAGUCCACAGGCAAUCAUGAUGAGCAUCUGUCUUCAGUCCAUGGUCGACGAGCUGAUGGUGAAGAAGUCUGGAGGAAGCAUCAAGAAACAGAUGCAGAGGAAACGUCUAAAUGGCUCCCUCCAUCGUUCUGACAGUCAGCAAGCUGUGAAAUCCCCUCCGUUACUGGACUCCCCAGACCCUAAUCGUGAGCAAGUAGUGAAACUCUCAACCAAGCUGACAUCUGUCUCCCUCAGAGGCAUCAGCACCUCAAACUCUGCCAAUGACAUCAGCAGUAACGAUUUCCAUGGAAACUACGCCUUUGAGGGUAUUGGAGAUGAUGACCUGUGAUGGCAGGGAGUCUCGGGGCCGAGUGGGGAAAAGGAGGUUAAGCUGGACUGAGCCAGGCUGAGGAGAACUGCCCUAUUCUGCAAGAUAAUAGCCUCAUUUAGACUCUUCAAAGCUUCAAAGUCUCCAGCAAAUUCACACAGCAAAGCCUCAACUUUCACUGCUUGACUAACAACCUCACUCCUGCUUUUUCGCCUCGUGCAACAUAUCCAGUUCACGCACAUAAAAUUUAGAUCAAAGAUGUCGUUUCAAGUUUGACCAGAUCAUUUUUUUUUAAAGCAGGAUUGAUUGAAAUCUUCACAUCAGCACCAAUUCAGUGAAUACAGCUUUGCACAGCAACUUCAGAAUAAGUCAAUAAAUUUUAAAAUUCUUGAAGUUUAAAUUUUUAAGUGAAGCUCAGUUACAUAAUUUACUAUACUCAAACGUUGCUGCUAAACAUUGAUAAAGUAAAAGUCCCAGAGUAGUCCCAUGUACUAACUAGAGACUUAAAACUGUGCUCUUCUUAGCCUUUUAUUUGACCACAUUCUCAAUGUCCAGUGUGACAUCAAGAAUGUAUCAUCGGCUUCAUGGAGUGAUUCUAACCCCAAAUACUUGCUGGCCUUCAUAUGAACAACCAUAAGUGAAAGUGAAAUGAAAACAGACUAGGUCUGUUGUGUUUGGCUGAAAAGCUGUGAGGCUGAUUUGGCUUGUAGCUUCACUGUUUCCGUUGUGAUUCUGAAUGUGUCUGAUGAAUCAAAGUUCAUAGCUUUUAUUAUCAUUUUAUUUCUCACAUCAUCUAAAAAGUCAGGUGUCCAGGUUGAACUGCUGCUUUGUGCAUUGUGCCAAUUUUUGUGGGGUUUCAAUGUAACUGUUCUUAUCUAAUUGGAAGUUGUCUUCUUACUUUUAAAGAACAUGUUUUGGACAUGCAAGUUUUAUUACCGCAGUAGCCUGGUAUUUGCAUACAAAGUUGUUUGCUUCAAGUUGGUUUAAAUGCCAAGAAGCUCACCGACUGAGAGUAGAGCAGGUCUGAUGUAAUAAUAGUGCUAAUAUGUAGCUGCAUGUUUUCUGUUUUUAUAAAGCCUUACAAAGCCUCUCAGUUCAGAGCCACAUGAACAGAGGAGAAGAAGGAUGAAGAAAACAGGUUUUUCUCUGGUGGGUUUUAAAGCAGUGGUUAGGAUCUUGCAGAAUUUGGCAGAAUUUUUAGUAGUAUGUUUGGCAGAACUGCUUGCACUUGCUGAACCCAUAAUUUUGCACAGUAUUAAGAAGGAUGGAUGACUUGGAUAUUUAUUGAGUUGAAAGUAACAACAGAAAAAAUCCCGGAACAUCUUAGAGAAGUUCUGAAUAUCUUGUCAUCUUCUUCUUCAUUUUGUUUGGUUAUUCCAACUGAUAUUUUUAGGAAGGUUUCUCAUUAAUGCCAAAUUAUAGUUUACUAAAGCAUUUUGCACAAAAGAAACAUUUAAAAAUCAUGGUAAUGUCACUUUUAUAUAUGUACAUGCAGUUAAGAAAAAGUAUUCUAAACAUUUACUAAUCUGUGUAUUAUCAGUAGCAUAUUAGAAUCAAACAUAAUCUAAGCUGUAAAAAAAAUAAAUAAAAUACUAGAAACUAACAUUUAUCAUUGUUUACAGAUAUAUAAAGUUGUAGAAAGAGAGAGAAGUGUUUACAAAUUUCACAUCCGAAUUUUAUGAUUGUCGUAUUACUCAUGGAGCAUUUUUAUUUUUGCGGGCAACAUCAUUCCGGAGUCACUUUUUUUUUUUCCUUAAUUUCAUUUUGUGAUGUUUGAAAAAAAAAAAGAAAUUGUGGAAAUCAUCUCAGAAGAUUGUGAUGAAAUGGUGCUUAGAAAAUAGCUACAUUUCAUAUUUCAUGCUGAUGUCUGUUCCGCAUAGCAGGGCGUAAGUGUCCUUUGGCUAAAUGCCCAUAUUCUUCAUUUUCCAAUGGCCUUCAUUCCAAAAACACAUUCUCAUUUGAAUCCUGUUUGCCACAGCACAGAGAAUACUGAUGAAGGUAAGUUGCUGUUGGACGAUGGAUAAAUUACAUUUCAUCGUAGGUCUUAGACGCGCAAAAAGUCAAGACAUGAAUGCAGAUGGCCUGUAAUGUUCUCUCAUUUAUGUCAUCUAUAAUUUUUUUUUUUCCUACAUGUGUACUCUGUUCUUUUUGUCUGUCAGUAAGAGUCUGUCAGUAUGAUUUUUAUUCAUUAUUUUUCCAUUGCCAAAUUUACUGUAAGAACAAAUGACUGGUAGAUUCAGAUUCCUGGACUUCAAUAAAUUUGGGUGCCAAAUUACACUA